UUUAGGGUUUUUUUUUUUUAAGUUUUUCCCCGUGUCUCCCCAGCUUUUCCCACCAGAAAAAAUUUCCAACCGCGAUUCGACUUCAUCUUCGUAGGGUUUUACUGACGCCGGUUUUCACAGUGUUUUGGGGGGGGGGGUUUACGGCUAGUUUUUGUAUAAGCGUCUCUUAGGCUUUGAACUCAGUUGGUGAAGCCUCGGAAAUAAGAGAUUGGAUCUUCAGGGGGUAAAAAGAGUGAAGAAGGCUGCUCAGGGUUCAAAAGAAGACACUUUCGAGGAUGAUUGCAGAGAAACCUAGUUGGGUUAGGCAUGAGGGCAUGCAAAUUUUCUCCAUUGAUGUACAACCUGGUGGGCUUCGGUUCGCUACUGGCGGUGGCGACCACAAGGUUCGCAUAUGGAACAUGAAAUCUGUUAGUAGGGAUAUGACAAAUGAUGAGUCGUCCCAGAGACUUCUUGCUACCCUGCGAGAUCACUUUGGAUCAGUCAACUGUGUCAGAUGGGCUAAGCAUGGAAGGUAUGUUGCAUCAGGGUCUGAUGAUCAGGCGAUAUUAGUGCAUGAGAGAAAGCCUGGUUCAGGAACCACUGAGUUUGGUAGUGGAGAGCCCCCAGAUAUUGAAAACUGGAAAGUUGCAUUGACUUUGAGAGGGCAUACUGCAGACGUGGUGGAUCUUAAUUGGUCUCCUGAUGACUCCACAUUGGGCAGUGCUAGUUUGGACAAUACCAUCCAUAUCUGGAAUAUGAGCAAUGGGAUCUGCACUGCUGUUCUCAGGGGACACUCUAGCCUGGUUAAGGGUGUUGCUUGGGAUCCCAUUGGAUCUUUCAUAGCAAGUCAAUCAGAUGAUAAAACUGUCAUUAUUUGGCGAACCAGUGAUUGGAGUCUUGCUCACAGGACGGAUGGUCACUGGACAAAAUCACUUGGGUCUACCUUUUUUAGGCGGCUUGGAUGGUCUCCCUGUGGUCAUUUUAUUACUACCACUCAUGGGUUCCAGAAGCCAAGGCACUCUGCUCCUGUCCUAGAGAGAGGGGAAUGGUCUGCAACAUUUGACUUCUUAGGGCACAAUGCUCCAGUGAUUGUGGUGAAGUUUAACCAUUCGAUGUUCAGGAGGAAUUCUUCUAAUGCGCAGGAAGUGAAGGCUGUACCUGUCGGGUGGAGUAAUGGUGCUUCCAAGACCGUAAGCAAAGAGCCACAGCCUUACAAUGUUAUUGCUAUCGGAAGUCAGGAUCGUACUAUAACAGUAUGGACUACUGCGAGUCCUCGGCCCCUCUUUGUGGCCAAGCAUUUUUUCACUCAAAGUGUUGUUGAUUUAUCCUGGAGCCCUGAUGGAUAUUCACUUUUUGCAUGUUCCUUGGAUGGAUCUGUUGCUACAUUUCAUUUUGAGGUCAAAGAACUUGGCCAGAGACUAAGUGAUGAUGAGCUAGACGAAUUGAAGAAAAAUCGUUACGGUGAUGUGAGGGGUCGUCAAGCAACCUUAGCAGAAAGUCCAGCACAGUUAUUACUUGAAGCAACUUCUCUGAAGCAAGCACCUAGCAAAAAAGUCACUUCUGAUGUCCAGCAAAACCAGACUAUUACUAAAGCUUAUGUUGAUGAAAGGGCUGCUAUAAAAAUUUCUGAGCCUCAAGUUGACAUUAAAAAGAGUGGGGGCCCUGUUGGUGAUGGGAUAAACAAAGUUGCAACCUCUGGCCGAAUUUCUAGUCCUGUCAAGCAAAGAGAAUAUAGACGUCCUGAUGGCAGGAAAAGAAUUAUUCCAGAAGCAGUUGGGGUGCCUUCUCAGCAGGAAAACAUAUCUGGCACAGUUCAGUCUCAAUCACUUGAUUUUCCUCUAAUGUCAUCUAACAAUGGAGUUGUUUCUACUGAUGAUGGUGCAAGAGCAAAUAAUUUAGGAGGACAACUUGUCAGAAGUUCUGAUGUUAAGGAGCGUUCUGGAAUUACUGCUAGGGCAACAAUUUCUGAGAGCUUAGUGAUUGAGAAGGUUCCACCACCUGCUGGCAGAGAUGGAAGCAUUGAUGUUGAGCAGUUGGGAAAUGUGAUGAGUUCUAGUUCUUUAGCUGCUUGUAGUGCUACGCUUUCUCUAAGGGUGUUUGACAAGAAAGGUGGGGAAGAUAAUGCACCUAUUUGUUUAGAAGCAUGCCCAAGAGAACAUGCUGUAAAUGACAUUAUGGGGAUGGGAAACACAUCCACGAUGAGGGAAACAGAAAUUGCUUGCACGAGGGGGUCCCAGACACUUUGGUCUGAUAGGAUAUCAGGAAAAGUCACCGUUUUAGCAGGAAACGCAAAUUUCUGGGCAGUUGGUUGUGAAGAUGGAUGUCUGCAGAUUUACACAAAGUGUGGGAGACGAGCAAUGCCUACCAUGAUGAUGGGAUCUGCAGCAACAUUUAUAGACUGUGAUGAGUGCUGGAAAUUGUUGUUGGUUACAAGAAAAGGAUCCCUUUAUUUAUGGGAUUUAUUCAAUCGUCAGUGCCUCCUGCAGGAUUCAUUGGCUUCUCUCGUUUCUCCUAGUCUUAGCUCAUCUAGUAAAGACGCAGGUACUAUUAAAGUUAUAUCUGCAAAGUUGUCAAAAUCUGGUUCUCCUCUUGUUGUUCUGGCCACUCGCCAUGCUUUCCUGUUUGACAUGGGUCUCAAGUGUUGGCUAAGGGUUGCAGAUGACUGCUUUCCUGCAUCUAAUUUUGCCAGCUCCUGGAGUUUGGGUUCAAUUCAAAGUGGUGAGCUAGCAGCUUUGCAAGUUGAUGUUAGGAAAUAUCUGGCUCGAAAGCCAGGUUGGACCAGAGUGACUGACGAUGGAGUGCAGACACGUGCUCAUUUGGAAGCGCAGCUGGCUUCUUCUUUGGCUUUAGGAUCCCCUAAUGAAUAUCGCCAGUGCCUGUUGUCAUAUGUGCGCUUUCUAGCAAGAGAAGCAGAUGAAUCUCGAUUGCGAGAAGUAUGUGAGAGCUUUCUUGGACCUCCAACUGGUAUGGGUGAGGAAUCAUCUUCAGGUGCAAAAAACUUAGCAUGGGAUCCUUUUGUACUGGGAAUGAAGAAACACAAACUCCUCAGGGAAGAUAUUCUUCCAUCUAUGGCCUCUAACAGGAAAGUCCAGAGACUGCUCAAUGAAUUCAUGGAUCUUUUAUCUGAAUAUGAAAUUACUGAAGUUAAUCAAGACCAAAGAAAUUCUGUGAUGCUGAAGUCAUCUUCUCAGGCAACAAACCAACGAGAAUGUGGCUUGAAAUCAACUGUUCAAAUGGACAGCAGUCAACCAAAAGUAGAUCGAAAGGAUUCUGUUGCAGCCAUUGACCUCAAUGAAAGUACGAUGAUUGGUAAAGAUCAAAGAAACGCUGAUCUGUUGCCUGCUGAUGAAAUUUGUCCAGAUUCCCCCAUGACUGAUCCAGGUAGACGGGAUGGGCAAGCAAAAGAAUCAGAUUCUUGACCUUGCAUCCCAGUAAUGUCUGACAUUAGAGGAGGAUCAACAUGGAAUGUGAAAGUGUCAUGGAUGAAUCAUUGAUGAUUCAAGCCCCCCGCGUACAUGAUACUUCAGGUAUUCCACCCUAAUACCCCAAUGGAAUGGGUGGUUGAAACAUGGAGCUCUCGCCUGAAGAUGAUCUCACUAACAAAACACUUGUGUAGUUGCAAAAAUUAAACUUAGUCAGAUCCUUAGUUUCUCCUUUGAACUUGGAGCUUGACUUCGUGUACAAUGUCAAGCAAUGUGAUUACUUCAAAGUUAUCUCACCUCUCACUGGAUGCUGUAAAAUCCAAAAUAUACUGUUAAUUUCGUUUACAACUGUGGAAUAUCCAUUUCUGUAUAAUAGGUCUUGCCUGGUAAGUUUGUUGGCCCUUUUUGAUUUGAA